AUGGCCGUUACUGAACUUAUCUUCCCCAAGAUCAAGCCCGAUCCGGCUUCAAUAGAGGAACUCGAGCGAGACUGGCCAAUUAUCAGCAAGAAACUGACGAACCCAAACCCGGGACUGCUGUGUGCCUUUCGAGGAUGGAUUCUCACCGAGAAUGGACGUAAUGUGAGAGAGGAGAAUAGAGAAGUUCUACUUUUUGAAUGGAACAAAGUGGAGUCUUUCCAUGCCUUCGUUGUCUCGGAGCAAUAUGAUGGUUUCGCUGGCUCCAUUAGACACCUCGUAACUGGACCACCGACGCUACAACUUUUUGAAACAAACUUCGGCCCAAAAGAUGCGGCAUCUGCAUCUAGCAUUGAGAUCUUCCGCGUGACCGUGCCAAGUGCUAGGAAUGCGGAAGCGGCUUUGAAAACCUGGGGGGAAAUAUCUCAGAAAGCUAAAGAGAAAUAUGGAGACAAAGUUGCUGUCACUUACGGCAAGAGUCAGAAUCUUAACGAAGAGGUCGUUGCAGGCAUCAUUGGGUGGUCGAGACCGGAGGAUUGUGUUCCUGUUACCGGAGGAGGCGUGCUAGAGGACUCUUUCGAAUCUCUGAAGACUUUGGGCGAGCUAUCGCAAAUCACUGUUGGCAUUGGAGCCAUGGAGGUUCCAACUUUGUAG